ACACCACACCACACCACACCACACCACACCAAACCAUUUGUUAUAUAUUCUCUCUCUUUUUUCAACCAAACCAAAGCAAAGCAAAGCAAAGCAAACCGCUAUCUAUCUAACAAUCAAAAACCCCACAUAUUCCUCGUGCCUUUUUUCUUUUCUUUUUUCUCUUUUCUUUCUUUUUUAUUUAGGUUCUUUCUUUAUAAAGACUUCCACAGAUAAUUAAAAAUCCUUAAGCCUUCUUCCCAAAAGAAAAAAAUAAAAAUUCAUCUUCACCUUCAAGACAUUACUUUUUCAAACAACCCAUGUCGAGUUCUUCUGGGUUCUCUCACAUUUCUUCUCAAAGAUCCCUCUCCAACUCCUCCGAAAACCUUCCCUUUCUUCCCCUCCCCCCCAUCCUCCUUUCUCCCUCCCAUUUCAAUCUCGGUUUCUCCGCUAAUCUCCGCCCAACUAAAGGGAACUUGACGGAAAAAAUGGCGGAUCGGAAGUCUUUGGAUUUGUUUCCUCAAGAGGCGGGAUUUGGUAACUCAAACGACGUCGAUUCAAGGGUUUAUAAAUCGGCUACGGCGGGGCCUCAAACUUCCCAAAUGACGAUUUUUUACGCUGGCCAAGUUUUUGUGUUCAACAAUUUUCCGGCUGAUAGAGUCGGCGACGUUAUGUUUCUAGCCAGUCAAGAGAGCUCGAGAUUGAACAUCCCUACCACCGCCUCCGUCGCUGCCCGUCAGCCCCCCAUCUUGGUCGGAACUCCCGCAGAUUCUUUAAGCUCCACUUCCCCUGUUUCCACUCGAAACCAAACUUCUCCUCCUCCGCCGCCUCCCCCUCCUUCCGUUCCCGGAGCUCUCCCGAUGGCUCGUAAAGCUUCGAUCCAGCGUUUCUUGGAGAAGAGAAAAGAUAGACUAACUCCGAGAGCGCCAUACCAUAACAGCUCUCCGAUGACGAGCAAGAACUCCGGCGAGAAUUCAUGGCUGGGAUUGGCGGUGCAGUCUCAAAAUUAGUUUAUAAGAAAUAUGAAAAUUUGAAGUAGAGAGAAAGAAAUUUAGAUUAAAGAAUAAAGGAAGGGAGUUUGUUGUUGCCAUUUUUUGCUCAGGCCUCUGUUUUGUGAAAAGCUCUGUUUUUCGGAGGCUAUGGUUUGCUUUUCUUCUUAACCUUAUCGAUUCCUUUUUGGUCGAUAAUAUCAUUGUAAAAUCAAUACAUAUUUCUUUUCUUUCUA